AUGAUCAUCUACCGGGACCUCAUCAGCCAUGAAGAGAUGUUCUCUGACAUGUACAAGAUCCGGGAGGUUGCGGACAGGCUGUGUCUGGAGGUGGAGGGGAAGAUGGUCAGUAGGACAGAGGGUAACAUUGAUGACUCGCUCAUUGGUGGAAAUGCCUCCUCUGAAGGCCCUGAGGGCGAAGGUACCAAAAGCACAGUAAUCACUGGUGUGUAUAUUGUCAUGAACCAUCACUUGCAAGAAACCAGCUUCACAAAAGAAGCCUAUAAGAAGUACAUCAAGGAUUACAUGAAGUCAAUCAAAGGGAAGCUUGAAGAACAGAGACCAGAAAGAGUAAAACCUUUUAUGAAAGGGACUGCAGAACAAAUCAAGCACAUCCUUGCUAAUUUCAAAAACUAUCAGUUCUUUACUGGUGAAAACAUGAAUCCAGAUGGCAUGGUUGCUCUGCUGAAGUACUGUGAGGAUGGUGUGAUACCAAAUAUGAUUUUCUUUAAGGAUGGUCUAGAAAUGGAAAAAUGUUAACAAAUUUGGCUGUUUGGAUCUAUCACCUGCUCAUCAUAACUGGCUAGCUGCUGCUUUUCAUCC